UAUAAAUCUGUACCCACCUGGUGACUGACAGCUGGCUUCUCUCUAGCACUCUCGUCCUUCACUCUGUAUUUGAAAUACUCGUGACACCUGAGCGCUAUCUAUAUAAUUCAACAUCUCCAUGCAGAUCGCAUUUUGUGCUGCUAUUUCAAUACAUUGCUUACGACCUUACUGCACAUUCAUCAUAGUUAUACGCGCCUCCAGAUAUAACAUCUUCUCUCACACCGAACGAUGUCUUUCUAUGAUGUCAAGGGCAAGUUUGCUAUCGUCACAGGAGCGGGGUCUGGUAUUAACCAUGUCCUGACCAAGAUGCUUCUUGAGGCCGGUUGCUCGGUCAUUAUGGCCGAUCUUUGUCUCCGGCCCGAAGCUGAAGCCACGGCCAAGCAGUACUUUCACCCGACGACGGAGAAGAGCGCACCGUCUGCCGUGUUCCAAAAGACGGACAUGUCAAACUGGUCGGAGAUCAGCUCUCUGUGGGAGACGGCGCUUGAGACCUUUGGUCGGGUCGACAUCGUCGUCAACGGCGCGGGUAUCUACGAGCCGCCGGCCAGCAGCUUCUGGAACCCCCCUGGGACGCCUCUGUCCGAGGACACAAUCGAUGCUCAGGUCGGACAGUACAAGACUUUCGCCGUCAACACCACUGGGCCCAUCAGACUAGCGCAGAUCGCCAUCAACUACUGGCUCAACAACCGGUCUGUCCAGGGCAACUUGAUGUGGAUUGCCAGUCUAGCAGGAUAUGUCCAUUCCGUUCACGCGCCCAUGUACUUUGCCAGCAAAUCAGCGAUCAUCAGCAUGGUCAAGUCGUUUGCGCCGUUGAGGAAGCGCCUCGGUAUUAAGAAUGCCUGUAUCUGCCCUGGUCUUGUCAACACUCCCAUCUUCCACCCCGACUACUGCAAGGACCAGAUGGGCCCGGACUAUCUAGCCCUGUCACCUGAACAGUGUGCCCAGGUCAUCUACGACGUGCUGACGAAGGCCCAGUACGGCGACGGCAACAUCAUCGAGGCGAUGCUGGUGGGAACAAAGGACAACCCUUCGGUUAACGUGCGCGAGGUGCCCCUCGAGGCCCUUUACCCCACCGUCGGCCCCGCCAACCAGGAAAACUAUCUUCUGGCAGCGGAGAAUCUGGUUAAGCAACUCGAGGCACGGGGUCGAUAGAGGGAGCGCCCAUAAUCAUGACUUAGGCCGAGACUCUUGAAACAAUCAUCAUACAAAGAAAGGAUCGAAUAAAUACUAAUGAACCGGCAUCCCCGUCUCCUCA